CAGGGAACAGGGCUCCGGCCACCCUUCAGUCCAGUCCAGCGCCGGAUCCGGAGUUCAGUCGCCACCGUUAACUCUUUCAAAUUGGACGCAGCGAGCGGCGAAAGCGCGUUCGCGACAAAAGCCAAGCCUAGUGAGCGAGAGAGGAAUAGUUAGAGCGAAAGCGAGAUAUUGCCUAUGGAUAUUGCCUCGAAAAAGUGCGGAUAGUGAUCGUAUCUAUCAGAAUUUAAUAUACAAAAUUUUGAUUAAAUCUUAAAUCAAACUAAAAAUCUAACUCGAAAAAUUUAUAUUUGUCGCAAGAGAAAGAAAGGAUUCUUGUGGAGACAAAUGAACUACAUUUUAUAAAAACCAACAUAAUAAUCAUAAAACUAUAAAAAAAUAAACAAGAUUAGUAUAUCUACUAAUUAGUUCUAACCGCCUAAAUUCCAACCAGAGUUUAAAUAAAAGAAACUUCAAAUAUUUAGUGUCCGUGGCCCGGAACGUGUAGUUGAACCUCCAUUACGCCAGCAUCCCGCGCAUAAGCUUUGCAUGUGAGGCCCGUAAACGACCUUCUUCGGUCCCUGGUCGAUCCAAUGAAAAUGGAAGAUCCCACCAUUGCCGACACCUAUGUCCAGGAGUUCGAUCUGCACCAUCUGGAGGUGGCGGGUGGCCCCGGAAAUGCAACAGCAAACGGCCAUCCGAAUGCGGGUGCCACGAUCACUGCCAUUGGUCAUGUGAAGCGCGAGGAUCAUAGUCCGCCCCAACCGGUGGCGGUCAAAUGGACCACAGUUCAUGGAGACCCCUCAAAUCCGGAAGAAGUCUCGGAGCCGCUAGCACUGGCAGGACCAGAAGCCGCCGGAGCCGUGGAAGUUUCCCCGUCGCCACACAUAAAGCUUCGUUCGUUUUCGGGACACCACCAGUGGCAUAUGGAUGAGCGCCGCCUGCAGCCGCUCUCACCACCGCCGGAACAGUACGGACCGUUGCCUGGCCAGGCUAUUUUGGUGGCCACAUCCUCGGGCGCUAACACGGCGACAGGUUUACCUGGUGGUGUGCCGUCCACUCCGCCGGAAACACCGCCAGUGGUAGGCUCGCCCACGGGCAGCAGUAGCUGUCCGGCCCAGACAUAUGCCCACCAUUAUUCCCGGACGCCGGGUACCGCUGCCUCCGCCUCCGCCUCUGCUGCUUCCGCCGCCUCAGCGGCAGCGGCUGCCUCCGGAGCUGCGGCCGUCAGUGCCGGCCUGAGCCACGACAUGAUGUGGCUGACGAACUCCAUUCGUGCGGACCAACAGCCGUUGGAUUUGCGGCCCCUAGCAUAUCCGGGCUCGCAGGAGGAAGCUGAGGAGUGGGACCGGCAACGAGACUUAGCUCUGCAGGCGGCGGCGGCCCACCACCAUCAUCACGGACAGCCGCUGAUGCAGGCACAGCACCAUCCGCACGGCCCCACCGGCCACCCACAUCCGCACCAGGUGGUGCUCCAGCAAGCCAAGUAUCCGCAUCACCACCAUCACCACUUCCACAACCUCGAACUGACGCCCCUUAACAUGCACUCCAAUUCCUACGUUGGCGCCAACAGUGGACCUUUCACGCCCACUUGCCUGCCCCAGGUUCCGAGCAAUGGAAGCGGCAGCACCAGCAGCGGAGGCGGCGGUGUGGGGGGAGGAGCGGGACAAGGUAAUAGCGUUUCCGGCAGUGUUGGAGGUGGAUCCUGCAUGAUUACCCGAGCGUCGCUUCAGCCCUGCCGUCCGCUCUCCGCCAGCUCGACGAGAUCCUCAAACAACAUGUCGCCACGCACUUGUUCCGGAGCUUACAGCAACGCCACACUAGAGGACUGCAUCAAUGAUGACAUGCUGACCACCCUGACAGUGCGGGAACUGAACAAACGACUCCACGGAUGUCCCAGAGAAGAAGUGGUACGCCUAAAGCAAAAGCGUCGCACCCUGAAGAAUCGUGGUUACGCCCAGAACUGCCGAUCGAAGCGACUCCACCAGAGACACGAGCUCGAGAAGGCCAACCGGCAACUGAACCAGGAUCUGCAUAGGCUGAAGCUGGAGUACUCGAGGGUGUGCCAGGAACGGGAUGCCCUGAUGCAGCGCUUGCAGAGGGUGGGCGCCGCUGGCAAUGGAGCAGCAGGCGCCACCGGGGAUAGCCAGAGUUCCCAGGAGUUCUACCUUUGACGCCAGCUGGCGGCGACCAGCGGCUCCUCGUCAUCCUCCUCCGCAUCGCACCACCAGCAGCUCCACCUCCAGCAUCGGGGACCGCAAUGGAAUAGUCAGCAGCUCGUCAACUAAGAACUCCUCCAGGUAGUAGGAAGGUAUUCCCUUAGGACGCUUAUUUUUUGAGCAGGAUUGCGGAAAUUAUUAGUUUCCAAAUCUUUUCGUUAGAAGUUUUCAAUCUUAUUAUGAUAAUAAUAAUAGUUUCAAUCCAUAACGGUUCAACCUUUCAAACUUUUUCUAUAUUUUAUAUUAAUGUUUUAUCCUUAUAUUAUUUAAAAAUAUCAACGAGCUAGGCUUCACAAUUUGUUUAAAUAAUUUAAUGUUAAAAGUCUACUCAGUUCCCGAUAUUUUUUGAAAAAUAAUAUUGACGCCGACUCUUAUAAAUCGCAUAUCAUUUCUAUCAUUUAUUUAAAAACAUUUCCAUUUAAAAAAUAUGUAUUUACUGUAAGAGUUUUGAAUGAAAUGUAGUUCCGGAAAAUCGCCAAGCUACCAAUAAUUCUCUAUAAUUUUAAUUGUGACAAUAAAUUUCAAUUGAAUUUAAGUUUGCGAACUUUUAAAGUGAUCGAUAGAGAUUGAUGUACAUGUAGGUAGAUUGAGAUAGAGAGAGAGUGCACGUUUGGAUGGAACUUUUGCUGAUUAUCAGUCUGACUUAAGCAGAGACCGAUUAUGAGAAUAUUUAUUCAAACCCCAAGUAUGUAUAGAGAACAAACAUUGUAUAAAACAAAGAAACAAAAACAAGAAAAGUGAAACACACUUGCUGCUUCUGAUUAACGAUCGCUACUUUAUUACAAAUUACGAGUUAGUAACACACGCUUAUUUGUUGAUUAGUUCUAGCCUUAGUUUCUCUUCUAGUAUUAAGCGAGAGCAGAAGCGAAUAAUAAUAAAUAAAUAAAUAUCAUAGUUGCGACAGUAGCACGCAGAGUUAUUCUCAAAGGUCGUGUUUCCGUUUCCGCUUCCAAAAUCCCGUUGCCAAGCCGUCAGCCGCCAAGCCAAGAAAGCAAUAAAAUCACUAAACUAAAGGUUGUAUUAUGUUUAAAUAUCUCAAACUUAAUCUGAUGUUGUAUAAAGCAAAACUCAACUCUGAAGUAAACUAAAGCAAACAAGUCCUAUACUAUAUAACGAGCACUCGAUGAGAAUGAUAAUGGCAAAUGUAAAUACACCUACACAUACAUUUUAAGGUUUUUGCAAAUCGAAUUCAAAUAUCGCUCUUUCUGAAAUCAGAAGAAGAUCACGAAUCCUGAAUGCAACUAAACGAAUGAUAAACAAUUAAAUAAAAACAAUUGUGAGUAGUUGAUAAGUGUGCAUAAAACAAUUUAGCAAUAAAUACAUUUAAAAUAAAAUUAAAUUGAA